UGUACUUUAAGGAAUGCAACUUUUUAUUUCUUUCGCCAGCUUCCGCUUUAUAUUCAGAAAUCAAAAUGGUGGUGACCAGUCCACACUGUAUGCAUGUGUUGUUAUUUCUAUCAAAUUUUCUCCGAAUUUCUGUGGCAAGUGGAUUCGCUGCUGUUAACUUUACCACAAAACCCAAGGAUGCGGACUACUUUGUAGAAAGUGAUGCCACUCUUCGAUGGGAAUAUUCCAGCCGGAAGGCAAUCCAGUAUGUAAAAUUUGGAAUCCUAAUCGGCCACGAUGAUGUUACUAUUGUUGUGAAAGAUGUUGAUGCUAAAGAAGUUCAGUUUAAUAGCUUGAAACGGCCAGACGUAACAGAAUCAUUUAUCGGUCGAGUGGAUGUAGUAAAGAACGAACAAGCAAGUUUCAGGAUUAAAAAUCUCACGCUGAAUGAUACGGGAAGGUAUUUUUUUAGUUUGGAGCUGCAAAACGAGAGUAAAAUUCCUCGCCAGUAUGUCCAAGUGACCGUUGUAGACAUUAUUACUGAUCGUCAAAACUCCACUCAGCUGGUGGAGUCAUGGGUAGGGCACAAGGUUUCUCUCAUCUGCAUCGUCACUAAAGCAUCGCCUGGGUUACCUGUGGACUUUGACUGGAGAUGGUCAGACAAUACGCAAGUCAUUGGAAAACAGGUUUAUUGGAAAGGAAAACCGGAUCCUUGGAAAGACCAAAGCCAAAUGACAAUAGAGACGAAUGUUGACCGGGAUUUCGAGCCUGUGACAUGCAUCGCUAAGUCAAGGACUUCAACUCAGCGGUUUGAUAUUGGCAUGAAACAGCUAUAUAAGCCGCGAGAACCCAUCAAUGUCACAGCAUACGACUUUCCAAGCAAUGAAACCGAGUGCCCCAUGUACAGCAGGCUCACCUGGGAGCCACCCGAGGAUGAUGGAGGAACUCCCUUAACUGGUUUCGUCGUGGAAUAUAAACAUUCCCUUUUCACUAGCCGGGUUUUCGUCAGCAAGACCAUUAAUCGCUGCACAGAGCACGUGAUUUGCAAACUUCAAAGUGAAUUUCCACGUGAGGUGCACGUGGAUGUUAGAGCGAUCAACAGAGUUGGUCAAGGGUUUCGAUCCCGCACAGUCUUGGUUUCAUUUUUCAAAUCACUAACUGCGCCUCUCAACCUGACCAGCAAAUUAGUUCCCAAAGAGCGGGGCCCCUAUAAUGUAUGUGUAACUUGGAGUCCCCCUGAAGAGGACGGUGGUGCUCCUCUGGUACAGUAUUCACUUGAGUACAAAGAACUUGAAUCGUCUUGGAAUUCUGCCACAGUGCUGAAAACCAACAACACUUACAUGUGGAUCAGUAAAACCCACGAGGCUUACGUGUAUGAAGUACGAGUGACGGCCAGAAAUAAAUUUGGACUAGAAAAAGCCUCGAACAUUUUGAUAGUUCAUUUUGGAGAAAAACCGGAUCAACCCCAAGAUCUGGUCAAAAAAGAAGCGUUCAUUGACAAGCAGAACAAACCAAAAAUCAAAGUGAUGUGGAAACCUCCAAGAUAUGAUGGCGGUGCGGCAAUCACACAUUACCAUGUUGAAUACAAAACCGUGAGAAAAGAAUGGAGCAGUGCGGAGAAAGAUUCUGUUAAAAACACGGAAUACACGUUUCAAGUUGAUAAAUCAGAAACAUACACAUUCCGAACAAGAGCAGUGAACAGACUUGGUAUAGGAAAACCAGCAGUAAUAACUGUGAACUUCACAGCGGAUGAUGUGAAAAAUCUGGCAGUAACAAAGAACUCUACCUCAUCGACAACUUCUGCAUCCUUUGGAGUGAUCCUUUUGUUUGUAAUAUCGAAUGCUUUGGCGUAAUGUGGCAAAUCUAUCGGUGAAUGCAGAGAGAAAAGACUUUUUGUAAGGAAAAUGAUACAUAUGUAAAUAUGGAGACCGUAAACAAUUUUCAAAACAACAUUAGAACAAAUUGAGAAAACUGUUACGAAGUUUUUCCUCUGGGAACAGAGAAUGCCGCUUUUUCCAGGUUUAAGACAGUCGAACGCCAUGCAAAUAUGGUUCCUGUUGUCUCUGUGUUGAGAAAAAUUCGUUUAUAUUUCUUUCAGUCGUCACCACCAGCUAAGAGAGGAUUAGAGGAUUAAAUUAAGCGACAGAACCUUCAACAUAUAGACCUUGCUUCAAAGCUAUUUAUUCUAAGGAUCUUAUCCUUGAGGUCCUUAUUUCCAAGGUCUUUAUUCCUUAGGUCUUUUUUCCUAAGGGUCCUAUUCCUUAGGUCCCUUUCGUAAGGGUCUUAUUUCGAAGGUCCUGUUAGGCUUUGUUUGGAUCACUUUGCUUCUUACGAUUCUCGAAGAAUCUAGAAAAACUAAUCCUACGUCGCAAGUUUUGCUCAAAUGGUCAUCCUAUAAGGAGUGCUAUUUAUCUGUAACUUAAACUUUAAACACGCCCAAGGAAGAAAAAUUGUUUAACAUAUUCCUAGCAGACCCGAUAACCUUAGUUUAAAAAUACCACAAGAGAGAGUCCCUUAAAAAAAAGACGUACAUGGUGGAUACAGUCUUUUGAAUUGAACCUCUCUCGUUAUUGACACGA